AUGGCAGCUCCUUUUGAGACGGCUCGGAAGGGAAGCACAGCCAGUGCAGAGAUGCAGAGUCCAACAACUGCAACCAACGAGCCGUCUUCUCCAACGCAAGCAGCAGAGACAUCAAGCCAGCCACCCGCGACGGGGCCCUCAGCACCACGGGACCGGCGCAUGAGUGAUGAGUGGGAUGCGGCCAAGGUACCGCCCAGUCGCUUCCAAAAACGCAAAGGCUCUAUCUUUGGCGUGCCUUCAUCGCGCGAUGGCCGCAUCGACAGAAACUACGCCGCCGAGUACUACGAGAAGCUGGCUGAGAUGGGCUACGCCCCAAAGAAAAAAGAAUGA